AUGCACCAUGUCUCGUAUCAUGGGGAGGAGGUGCCGGUAUCCGAGAUGCUGGAGCGCCUGACGCACGAGUCGCACAGCGUAACGACGCUGACUGUUUCCUUUGCAGAGAUGCUGGACGGGGGCUGCGCACGCUUCCUCCAAGGGCUCGAAAAACAAAAUCAGUGGCGCAGGCUCCGCCCAGGCGAGCGCAGCGAGCGCAUCCCAAGCGCAGGCGGCGUGCUGGUCGACCCGGGGAUCCGUGCGCUGGACCUCUCGUCGAACCAGCUCACGUCAUUCGACAAGAGUGGGCUCACGGCGGCCGUCGAGCACAAUGGCACACUGUCGAGCCUCGAACUGCAGGGCAACGAGCUGUGCUCCAAUGCGCCCCAGGCACAGUGCCUCGACGAGAUCCGGCGCUUUGCACGCGCCGUCGGGACUUCUUCGCUGCGUGCGCUCAACAUUACCGCAAACUGCCUCGGCGACGCAGGCCUCGCGGCCUUUUUCGACGCACUGCCCCGCACAGGAACGACGCUCAAGACGCUGUGCCUCAGCGUGAAUAUGUUUGUCGACGGCGAGUCGCCCGAGGCGCAGCACGGCACCGCCGCCGCACGCAGCAUUGCAUGCUUCCUCAGCGACCCGGUCGCGUGCCGCGGCCUCGAACGGCUGCACCUCAACGGUAACCAGUUUGGGUGGGCGGGCGUGCGUACGAUUGCGCACGCGAUUAUCGGCUCGCGCGUCGCGUGCACGCUCGGCCAAGAGAGCACGCUGCCACUAUCGACUCUGGAUGCGCUCGCGCCGAACCGCAGCGUGAUGCACCUCGACCUCUUUUCGACCGGCAUCGACUCGCUCUCUGCGCCGCUCAACGACGAGGAGCCCGCGUUCGACUGGGAGGCCUCGUCGCUUUUGACGCCGUCCAACUGGCCCGUGCUGCUUACCAACCAGCUCGAGGCGAACGAAGAGGAUCGGAUCGCGACACGAAAAAGCGCGGCUAAGGUGCUCGCCGCCGCGCGCAUUGCAGGGUGCAAAGCCCGCGACGCAGGCGGAGAGGCACGCGGCACCUUUCCGCUGCUGCGCCUCCCCCUCGAGCUGCGCGGCGUCGUGCUAGACCAUCUGGACGAGGUACGCGCCUUGUCCCGUACGCAGUUCCUGCACGUCCUUGCCUAUGCCUGCGAGCCGAGCACGAUCGGGUAUGGGCUGCGGCAAGUCGACUACCCCGUCGACCAGUCGCAAGUGGACGAGGCCACGCUGCCGAUCCUCCCGUGGUCCUGGGAAGAGUGCUUCGCGACCCGGUCCCAGCCCCGCAACUGGUACGGGGAGUGGGUCGACCUGCAGCGCGAGCAGCCGAGCUCCGCGAAUGAGACGACGCCGGAUCUGCUGGCAUUCUGGGAGUGCACAGGUACGGAUCAUGCUGCCUAA